GCGGUGACGGCGGCGGCGGCGGCGCGCCUGAGAUAGAGGGGACGCCGGCCCGGUCAGGCGUCCGCGCGGCCUACACGCUUCCCCCGCUUGUCCCCGCCCCCGGCCCGCGCCCGGCCAUGGCGGAGCCUUCGCCCGCCCGGCGCCCUGUGCCCCUCAUCGAGUCGGAGCUGUACUUCCUCAUCGCCCGGUACCUAUCGGCGGGCCCGUGUCGGAGAGCGGCCCAGGUGCUGGUGCAGGAGCUGGAGCAGUACCAGUUGUUGCCGAAGAGGUUGGAUUGGGAGGGCAACGAACACAACAGGAGCUAUGAGGAAUUGGUCUUGUCCAAUAAGCAUGUGGCUCCUGAUCAUCUGUUGCAAAUCUGUCAACGCAUUGGUCCUAUGUUGGAUAAAGAAAUUCCACCCAGUAUUUCAAGAGUCACUUCUUUACUUGGUGCAGGAAGGCAGUCUUUGCUACGUACAGCAAAAGGUACCUUAAUUUGAAGAAGUGUUCUACUUUGUAUUAAUAACUUAAUAAUAUAAUUGUGAAAUAAUGUGAGCAUUGUGGAAGAAAGGUGAUAUGUAACUCUAAAAUCAUGCUGUGGACUAUAAAAUUCUCUGCAUUUAGCAUAGAAUGUUGAGUUUUUUUACAUGUUUAUUGGGUCCUUCUGCAUUAAAAAAUGAUAAAGGUAUAGAUGUUAAGCUAAAAAGCAUGAAUUUAUUCUGAGAUAUGUUUGAGAUUUUAUCAAUGUGAGUUUUAAAUUUUGCAUUUUGUAGCUCAGUUAUAACUUCACUGAAUGUAAUUGUAUGUGUCUAAUAAACUCUUUAAAUGCUAGAAGUAUUUCAUUUGAUAUUUGGAUUCUGAAAACCCUUUGUUAAGGGGAAAUAAUUUUCUAAAUUUGGUAGCAGUUUGAAAACAAACACCAAAAAUGUACAAUUGCAUGGUUGUUUUUUCACCAAUUUAAUUUUUUCAAGAAGUUAUGUGGUAGUAAAUGAUUGGAAUUGCUGUUCUUUUUUUGUUAGCUUGGUAUAAAUCACUUAGACAAAGUAUGUGAAUAUGAUAUGAUCUGUGUAUACAACAUGGCUAUACUGCUAAUGAGUGGAUUGUUGGUUCUUCUGGUCCUGAGCAUAUGGGAAGUUCAUCCUGUGAUUACUUUUGUUAAGAGCUGAUGUGGAUGUCAUGCUGCCUCCUAGGUGCACCACCAGUAUAAAGCUUUGACUGAGAAAGAGCAAUCUUCCUUCUUGGUUCUAUGCCAGACUGGUUUGUCAUCUUUAGUUGUUUCUUAGUGCCCUAUAGCCAUGCUACACUGUGGCUUGGAUCAGGAAACUGUUUAUGCUCUUCCUCCUUCUGUGUCCCUAUUCACCUUGUAAUUCUCUUCGAGGUUGCUAUGUAGUAGUUGCUUGGUAGCCUAUUUACCUCUGUUUUCUUUACUUGUGUCACACUGAAUGUGGUUGUUUUCUGAUGAGCAUUGCUUUAGAACUGACAGACCAUAGAAAACUUAGUUGAUAAAAUGCAGCAAGCUGCCCUAGGGUAGGGGCCAUAUUUCUUUCUUUGUUUUGUGCUAGUGCCGUAAGAGGAUGCCUUGUAACUGCUCUUUACUCAAGAUAGUGGUAAUGAAUCCGUUCAUGUAAAACGUAACAUGCCUGUUUGGGGCACCCGAGGCUCAGUAGGGGUUUUGUAUGAUGCCUUCCCUUCCCUCCUCUUUCAGUUGUGAAAUUGUUGAUUUCUAACACAGCAUGACUGCUCAUGACCUGUGUCCUGCUGGUUUCCUCCUAUAGAGAAGGUCAGACAUUUUUUCUUAAUAUAUUUGCUGGUAGAUUGAGGAGGGAUGGGACUUUGGAAUUAGUGUUCAGACUCAUAGAUCCUACAUGUGUGUUCUGGUGUAAAGGAUUGGCUGUGAUCCUAAAUCAAGAAGAGAGCCAUUUAAUUUCAGUUUGUUAAUACUUCUUACGGAGACUAAAGUCAUGGCAGUAUUGACUAAAUUAAUUUUCAAGUUGAAGAAUAUUUUAAGAAGUUAAUUGCUUAACAAUUUUCAUAUAAAGUAAAUUAAAUUUUUCUUCUCAAAAGUAUCCAUUUUUGGAAAAUUGGAUCAGUUGUGAUGCAGACCCUUUAUCUUUCAUAUUGUGGCAUAAUUCUGCAUUGAAAAAUAAAAACUUCCUUGACAUUUAAUGGGAUUUGGAGUCAAAAGAUUUGGUUUUGCAGUCCAUUUCUACUAACCAUUUACAGUGGAUCUCUUUAAAGGUCCUGGAAACUUGAGCCUCAGUUACCUCACUUGUAAACUGGCGAUAAAUACCUACCUCACAGGGUUGUUGUGAGGAUAUUAUGAGAUGAUGUAUGUGGAAAGCACUUUGUAAAUUGUAAAGUGCCACACAAAUGUUAGUUGUUGUUGUUGCUGUUGUAUUUGAGAUGUCUUAAUUUUUUUCCCCCAGAAGUGAAAGGUCUAAUAAUAAACCUCCAGGGCUUUCUGUUAAAGUAUUUUAGUUGGUAAAACUUUGAAUAAACAGUUUAUUGCAAUAUA